AUGAAACGAGGCUUUUCGCAAUUUUAUGAAAGUUUUGAAACUCUGAAUGAAUAUGAAGAAUAUGAGCAUGGGAAUUUGAUGUAUCAAUGCUGCACUAAUAACAAUACCUGCAAUAAUAAUUAUUCAUCAUCAUCGGAAGAAGGAAAUGCUUUUGAAUAUUCUCCAUCCAAUAAGAAGAAAAAGACAACAACACAACAGACAAUAAUACUGGAUAAUAAUGGUACUCCUACUACGAUGUAUUAUAAUAGUGAUAGCAGUAACAAUGAUAGUAGUAAUAUUAUGGAUAAUGUGAUAAUUACUGCAACCAAUAAUAAGAGCCGAUCAUUGUCCAUGCAAUCAAUUUUGCAAGGACAAUAUUUAGUGCAAUAUGGUGGUAAUAGUGAUAGUGUAAAUAAGAACAAUCAUGAUAUGAAUUCAAGGGGAGAGAGAAGAAUUGCUCUAUCGAUAGUUAGCUCUGAACUACAUGGUGGGUUGUUUAAUUUUGAGAUUGUAGAGUGGAGCUUAUUGAAGGAAGAAGGAAGAUCGAAACUUGAUGUGUUAUCAGGAAUAAUUCAGUUGAAUGGAGAUAAUAGAAUUGGUAUGGUGUGCCAUAAGAAAUCUGUGUUUAAAUCUCUAAUAUCAGGACCUGAACAGUAUUGGAAAUGUGAGGAGAUUCCACUUGACGAAUAUCAAUCAGUGGUUGCCUUGAGGAAGGGUAAUCAAUUGGAAUUGAAAAUUGUUGUAAGAGGAAUCGAAUAUACCUUCUCUAAACGAUAG